UCCACGGUUGAGCUGUGUGUGUGUGUGUGUGUGAUGGAGGAGCACUGGAGCACGCGUGUGCGGGAGCGAGCGCUGUGGAGGGACUCUGCGGGCCGGCUGCCGGUGGAGCUGAGCGGAGGGUCGGACACGGGUCGCUUCACCUGGAUCCGCCCGCUCGCCUCGCACACUUACGAGGACGUUCUGCUGGAGGUGGAGGAUCUGCCGGUGUCCGGGCGGCCGCUCUGCGACGUGCUGCACCUCCUGACCCACUGCGGCGACCCCAUCCGGAUCAGAACUGUCAAAGCAGGAGGCAGGCUGAAGAAAGGCUUGAGUUAUUUCUUGAGUCAGCGGUUUCAGAAGCUUUCAGCAGAUCAUCAACUGCAGGAGAACAUCAGGACCAACCUGCACCGCCACACUGCUCCAUGCACGACCCGUCGCCCUCGAGGCCGCGAGCUUCAUGGUGUGGAUUACAACUUCCUGUCAGUGGAGGAUUUCCUGGAGCUGCACCGGCGUGGAGGACUGCUAGAGAUCGGGACUUAUGAUGGUAACUAUUAUGGGACACCCAAGCCGCCAAACCAGCCUCUCAGUAGGACAGUGAUUACCCAUGAUGCUCUGCGAGACCGUUUCAUUAGUUCCCAGAAGUCCUGCGAUCGCAUGCAGCAUGAAGGAGUAGAGCAGACCGAACUGCAGGAGGAUGCAGACAGCAGCGCAGACAUGAACAACACAUUUACAGAGUUCUUAGCUCGUAGUCUCUUCCCCUCCCCCCUGCUUUGCACAGGAGACUCCAGCCGGCCGGACGCUCACGGCCCGGUCAGAGAGAACAGAGAAAACGCCCCCACAUAUGAGCUGAACAACACGCCACACCCGCCACUCCCUCCGGACCUGGACCCGCUCGGGCCGCUGCCGGACAACUGGGAGACGGCCUUCACGGAGAACGGAGAGAUGUACUUCAUCGACCACAACACAAAGACGACCUCAUGGAUUGACCCUCGGUGUCAGGACAAACCGCUCAAACCUCUGGAGGACUGUGAAGAUGAUGAGGGUGUACACACAGAAGAGCUGGACGCUGAUCUCGAGCUGCCGCCCGGCUGGGAGAAGAUCGAUGACCCCGUGUACGGAGUCUACUACGUUGAUCAUAUCCACCGUAAGACGCAGUACGAGAACCCUCUGCUGGAGGCCCGGCGGCAGAAGCAGCUCGACGCGCAGCAGUCGCCCGAAGGCGGGCGCUACAUCAGAGAAUGGAUCGAGGAGCACUCGUCUGCCGGAGCUGCGAUCGGAUCUUAUGUGCCCAGUCAUCUGGAGACGUACAGAGACCCUCAGAGCUGCCCGUCGGCUCCUCAGGCCCCGGGGCCCAAACGAGGAAAGCCGUUCUUCACCCGUAACCCCGCCGAGCUGAAGGGCACGUUCAUAAGCACGAAGCUGCUGAAGAGCCGACGAGGCUUCGGCUUCACUGUGGUCGGCGGGGACGAACCGGACGAGUUCCUGCAGAUCAAGAGUCUGGUGUUGGACGGGCCGGCCGCUGUGGACGGGAAGAUGGAAACAGGUGACGUGAUCGUCAGUGUGAACGACACCAUUGUGUUGGGAUACACUCAUGCUCAGGUGGUGAAGAUAUUCCAGUCCAUCCCGAUCGGCUCCAUGGUCCAGCUGGAACUGUGCCGCGGGUACCCUUUGCCCUUUGACCCCGACGACCCCAACACCAGCCUGGUGACAUCCGUGGCCAUCCUGGACAAAGAGCCCAUCAUCGUGAACAGCCAGGAGGGCUUCGAGCCGGUCGCUCCGCUGGCGGGAGUGGUGUCGGGUCUCGAGGCGGUGCCGUUCCCCCCCGUGCCGGACAGCGCUCUGCUAGUGACCGACAGCUACGCUAGCGAUGUGGCGACGCUAGCCUCCUCCAUCGCCACGCAGCCCGAACUCAUCACGCUCCACAUCGAGAAGGGAGACAAAGGCUUCGGCUUCACCAUGGCCGACAGUCUGGUGGGUGGAGGGCAGAAGGUGAAGCAGGUCGUGGAUUACCCACGAUGCCGAGGGCUGAAGGAGGGAGACAUCCUGCUGGAGGUCAACAAGAGGAGCGUUCAGGGCUUGAGCCACAACCAGGUGGUGGAUCUGCUCAGCAAGUGUCCUCGAGGUACUGAGGUUACCAUGCUAGUGCAGAGAGGAGUCCUGCAGCCCAAGAGGAGUCCCAAAGUACUGCAGCUGGAGCGUAAGGACAGUCAGGGCAGCUCUCAGCACAGCGUCUGCAGUCACCGCAGCGCUCACACAGACUCGCCCGCACGCCUGCUGCCCUCCUCUGCCCCCGGAGCCCCUCCACCCGUCCCACCUCCGCCCACCCAGCCGCUGCCCGUCCUGCCGCCCUUCGACCCCCCCGCUACCAACGGGACUCUGCAGAAAAAGCCGGACCCCUUCAGGAUCUGGGCGCAGUCCAGGAGCAUGUAUGAGAGCCGCUUGCCAGACUCUCAAGAACAAGACAUUUUCCUUUGGAGGAAAGACACAGGCUUUGGCUUUCGGAUCCUGGGCGGAAAUGAACCCGGAGAGCCGAUCUACAUUGGGCACAUCGUGAAGUUCGGCGCGGCGGACGAGGACGGCCGGCUGCGGUCUGGAGAUGAGCUCAUCUGUGUGGACGGAACCGCUGUGGUGGGCAAAUCUCAUCAGCUGGUGGUGCAGCUCAUGCAACAGGCGGCCAAACAGGGGCACGUCAACCUGAGCGUGCGGCGAAAGACCACUUACACAGGUUAUAAGGGCGAGGGGGACGUUCCCCCGUCUCCGGCCUCCUCUCACCACAGCAGCACACAGGCUCCGUCGCUCACCGAGGAGAAGCGCACGCCUCAGGGCAGCCAGAACUCGCUGAACACCGUGAGCUCAGGCUCCGGCAGCACCAGUGGCAUCGGCAGUGGUGGUGGAGGUGGCAGUGGGAGUACGGUCACGGCCCUGCAACCCUACGAUGUGGAGAUCCAGCGCACCGAGAGCGAGGGCUUCGGCUUCGUCAUCGUGUCCUCUGUGUCCAGGCCGGAUGCGAACACCACCUUCGCUGGAAACACAUGCGUGUCAAUGCCUCAUAAAAUUGGUCGUAUCAUCGAGUUCAGUCCGGCGGACCGCUGUGGAAAGCUGAAGGUGGGCGAUCGGAUCCUAGCGGUCAACAGCUGCUCCAUCACCAACAAAUCACACUCGGACAUUGUCAACCUGAUCAAAGAGGCGGGUCACGCGGUCACGCUUCGCAUCAUCCCUGGAGACGAGACGUCAAACGCCUCAUUACUGACCAACGCAGAGAAGAUCGCCACCAUCACAACUACACACUCGCCUCAGAGCAGCACAGAGCCCAGGAAUAACAAACCCAAACCGGCGCUAACUCACCCGCCAGCCUACAGUCAGGAGGCAGAGUUUUACUCCGUGGAUCUGGAGCGGGAGAGUAAAGGCUUCGGCUUCAGUCUGCGAGGGGGGAAGGAGUACAGCAUGGACCUGUACGUGCUGAGAUUGGCCGAGGACGGGGCGGCCACCAGGAACGGCAAGAUGAGGGUCGGGGAUGAAAUUCUGGAGAUCAACGGUGAAACUACAAAAAAUAUGAAUCAUUCCCGCGCCAUCGAGCUGAUCAAGAACGGAGGAAGACGAGCUCGACUGGUGCUGAAGAGAGGAGACGGGUCCGUCCCAGAGUACGCUAUGAUGGGUCCGCAUCUCGCUGCCUGUCUGAGGAAUGAUAAGUUGGGCGAGCCCUGCUACUACCUAAUGGGUCAAAACCAAGCCACGACGGCGCAAAUGACAGCUACCCUCCCUCGCCCGGGCCACAAAAUAAUUCGGAAGUGAGGACUUUGCUGGUCAGCGGCCCGUUUCAUCCACCGUCCAGCUAUACAUCCGAAUAUCCCACCCCAUCCCAGCCCAAGCAGCAGCACCUGAAGGCCAGACAGCCGGAGCGAGAGAAGGACACCGGCCCGGAUCCACACCCCCUGUCCUGGAACAACCAGCCCAGCCCCAAAAACAACUCGCACCGCAGGGUCAAGAAGUCCGAGUCCGAGAGUGGCAUUGCCAAGCUCUUCAAAACAUUACGGAAAGAGGGCGGAUUUGGAAGGAAAUCUUCCAAUCAGGAUUUACAGAGACAAGGCCGCAAACCAUCCAUAGACAGGGAAAGUAUCACCGGAUCUCAGAUGCGUAGUGGAUCCUUGGAUCGCUCCUCCGGCCGGAAGCGCAACAGCUCUCCGGACCGCCGUCGGGCCAAGUCUGUGGACCGUCGCAUCACUCGAUCUUAUAAAGAUCAGUCCCCUGAACGCAGCUAUCAGGCCUCUUCCCAGGACCUGCUGAGCCAGAUUUCCACUCCUGAGAGGCAUUCCCGUUCCCAACGAGACCCGCAGACGCCCCGCCGAGACCCCAGCAUCGAGGUCUUCUUCACCUCCACCCCGGAGCGACCCGGCAGAGCC